AUGGACAAUGACACAGAUAAAGAUACGGAAAUGACAUCUGAUAGUGCGGUUAAAAAUGGAAGACUUUUCAUUGUAUUAUUUACUAUCUUUAUAUUUCAAGGGAUUUUACUAAUCAUUUGCAAUGGUUCGGUGCAAAUAGUAUUAUUUAAGCGUCGCCAUCUUAGACGUCAGUAUCUCAUCUUGCUAGCACAGAUUUUCGCAGAUAUAUCACUUGCAUUUGGUUUAUGUGUGUCCGGUAUUGGGAGAUUAAUUAUGCUAAUAGCUAGCCCACCACGGAUAAGUAGACAAUUUUGUUUGCUGCUGCCAUGGACGGUGAUCAAUGUUUGGGCGGAGCCAUUAUCAGCCACGGCUACACUUAUGGUAAGCGUAGAUCGUCUCAUAUCACUUUUAUUUCCAGUGCGUUAUUUUGAGCAGUGCUAUUCAUAUCAGAUCAAGCAAAUCAUUGCAUUCUUCGUACCCAUCUUUUUUUUUGGCAUAACUGCGUGGACAGCAUCUUUCACACGUGUCGAUGAACAACUGGAUAAGACUGGCGAUGUUCUGAAACCAAUUUUCGCUGAUCUUAGCAUCAUUAUAAUGAUCACUUCCACGUCGCUUAGUGUUAUCCUUUACAUUGUUGUUUAUAUAUUUAGUAGAAAACACAUUAAUCGAAUAAGAAGCAAUCAGACGGAAACAAACAGACGAAUAUUUGAAUCUCGUCAGAAGAAACUAACUACAACGAUGGGCGUUUCCUGCGUGUUCACGUUAAUUUUUUAUGUCUUACCAAUGAGUCUCAAGUUAUGCAUCAGCGAUACCGACAACGACCCAACUACUCGUUAUGCAAGUUUAAUACGUAUUAGCGCAGUAAUCAGCUGUAAUUUGAAUCCACUGGCUAAUAUUGCUUCAGUGCUUGUCAAACAGGACGACAUCGCCUGCUGCGUAUGGCAGUUCUUUCCUAAAUGCAUUCAAAAGUGUGUUAAUGUCACGCAUCGAGUAACGGAUGUCUACGUAGGAAACACGGAAGCUAUCACCAAAUUAAAUAGAACUGUAACAUCAAGCAAAAUGGAUGAGUUGCAAAGCACAAGGAAAAUUAGGAAUAAUUCCGCUAGUAAUAAUAAUAACCACUGA